AUGCAUCCAGCCAUAGUCAUUUUCCUCUCGGUCGUGGUCGUACAGACCAUUGCGCUGAUGGGCAAGCAAAGGCUGCAGGACAUCCUGUGGCUGCUGUACACAGCUGUGUUUCACCGCUCUACCCUCUCUCAGCAACGCAAGCUGCGUCGCGAAAUCUUGACUACCAAACAGCAGCUCUCGGCCACAUCGUCUCAAGAUCAAUUCGCCAAAUGGGCAAAACUGCGUCGAUCCGUCGACAAGCAACUUGGCACUCUCGAGACGAUCAACUCGACUCUUGCCAGCUCGCGCUCGCGCUUCAACAUGGUGGUCUCCGGCCUCGUUUUCAUCGUAACUACAGUGAUGCCGUUUGUGGUCACAAGUUGGUACAGCAAGACCGCCAUCUUUUGGUUGCCGCCAGGACAGCAUAGUUGGUUUGGUCCUGCGGGCUGGUUCUUGGCACUUCCAAGGGCGCCCAAAGGUGCUGUAAGCAGUACCGUCUGGCAGAUGGUCUGUUCAAGAACGUUGAUUGCUAUCGGGGGCGCGUUGACGAGUCUGAUCCCGGGAACCAAGCACGAAAUCGUCGUCCCAGUGGGCGACGCCAAGAUCGACGAGAUCCACGAGGACAAGGAAAAGCCGGCAGAACAACGCUCGACAACCACAGCACCGACAGCAGAGAGAGAGAACACACAAGCGAGGAAAAGGACCAAUGCCAAAGCUGCCACCGUAUCGGAGAAGCACGAACUCUGA